GUGGCUUUUAAAAUAGUGUCUAACUAGCCCAGCAAUGCAGUAUGACACAAGGAUUUUAUCUUGACCAUAUGCCACAGAAUUCAGGUGACAGUUUUACCCAGCAGAUCCAUACCAGGCAGCUGCUGCAAAUCAAUCACUGAAAUUCCAAGGAACCCACAAAAAGGUCUGUCUGAAAUCACUCAUUAUGAGCAUUUCAGCUACAUCAACCUUCCUUCCAACUGCAACCAGCCACACUCAUGGGACUAAUCAGAGUGGGACUGUGGGAAAGAUAGAGCCAUCGUAUGGCGUCCUCAAGUUCAUGGAGAGCUUCUGCCUCAUCAGUGCUGCCUGUGGCAUGGUGGGAAACGGCAUGGUCCUAUGGUACCUUGGCUUCCGCAUCCGGAGAAACCACUUCACCGUCUACAUCCUGAACCUGGCCGCUGCCGACUUUGGCUAUCUCCUCUGCAUCGCCAUUGAGACGAUUCAGUACCUGAUGCAGUUCAACGUGGGCGUGCAGUUUGGGAUAUUCCUCUUCCUGGACCUUUUCAUGUAUGGGACCGGCUUGUACCUCCUGACAGCCAUCAGCAUUGAGAGGUGCCUGUCCGUCCUGUGUCCAGUCUGGUGCCGAAGCCACCGCCCAAAGCUCCUGUCUGGCACCAUCUCCGGCCUGCUCUGGGGUCUCUCCCUGCUGCUGAACUCGCUCGGGUACUUUUUAUGUACCGUCCGUCCCUCUGCCAGGAACUGCCAGGCCCUGCUCAUCACCAUUGGAGCCUUGGACUUCAUCUUCUGCACGCCCCUCAUGCUGCUCUUCAGCCUAACCCUCUUCCUGAGAGUCAAGUGCGGCUCCCAACACCUCCGAACAGGCAGGCUCUUCACCGUCAUCAUGCUCACCGUCCUCUUCUUCCUCAUUUUCGCUGUGCCUCUCAGCAUCCUGAUCCUCCUUGACUUCUUGGGCUACAAGUUUCUCUACUCCCCGGAGAUCGGCUUUGUGCUGUCCUGUGUGAACAGCAGUCUCAACCCUGUCAUUUACUUCCUUGUGGGCAGCUACAGGGAUCGGAGAAUCAAGUUCACCCUCAGGCUGGCAUUCCAGAGGGCCUUUGAAGAUUCGGCAGAUGACAAAGAUGAACGCGAAACCCGUGACACCACAAUAACUAUGUCCUCCUAAUACCCUGCUGUGCCUAACACAGUAACAUUGGUCUGGAACUGGGGGCCAAUAGUUUAUAGAAUGGAAGAACUCUGAGGUAUUGGGGAAUGUUCAUCUCACCUCACCUCCAGUAUCUUCAUUGUAGAUCUCUAGCUAGUUAUUUUAAGCUCCACCUGUUGUUAGUGGAACCACACAAGCAUCUUGACCACAGAAUUUAUGUGACCUUUAUUAGGAAGACAUUGAAAGUGCCUAUUUCUUUUCAGUGGCCAUUAAAUGAUUUCAAUUUGAUAAGGUGAAAUGUCUUUGUGUCUGCAUUUCAGCAAAGGAAUCCCACUCAGAAUUUGCAGCUCGCUCAAUAAAUCUCGGUCUUUCAGAGCAUGAAUUCAUAAAUUCUCAGUCACUUCAGGUCUCUGAAGAUGAGAUGGGCACCAAUCCUCCUCCUGUUGAAAUC